AUGAGCACAUUCAAGCAUGCUCCUCCUCAUCUCAAGCAGGCAUUGAAGUGUCAAGCUGAUGUUACGAACUUGCCACCGCUUGGUCAUAGUGGUAACUAUGCAUUUCCGACGCAGCAGAUUAAUAUAUCUGCAACAAAGCCUUCUAACACGUUGGCCGUCGCACAUUUCAAAGGAGACCUAGGCAAGUUUGCUGGCAAGCAUAUAGAUCAUCAAGAUGCCCCUGGAGGGGUUACUUGCAUGCAUAGUCAUUCUGACCUGGAUGAAGAUGAUCAUCCCGGACUUUUCUAUCUUCCCGAGAUUGGUGCUUAUAUGAUUAUGAGAGGCAUGAUUUCAGUUUGCUUCUCUGGUCUACACUUUCAUGGUGGCACUCCUCCUACUUCACCUUCUGAUCGUGAACCAUCACCUUAUUCCUAUCGUAUGGUUGUGGUCAACUAUCCACCAAGCGCUCUGAUCAAUGCAGAUGGUUUGGUCAGUUUUACGUCUAUGCCCAAUGGUGCUUUACUGUCUCUUCGUCCAGAGAUGACGGAUCCCAUCUACAAUAAUCCUUCUGCCUUUACAUUUAGCAAUCACGGCAAUUGGGGCACAGAUGGACUUGCUCUCACAGAACAUCGUGCAAUGUUCAAUUGGUAUGCAAGAGCCAUGGUUCAAUUCUCUGCCUAUCUCUUGCGUGGUCUACCCUCUAGUCUGGCAGCAGAGUUUUCUACUGACAAGUUUCUACAAAGCUUGACUGCAGUCAUGGAUGGAGAGCGAAUAACUCCUGAUCCUUGGGAGUUGGGACCUGGUUCUACAAUAUUUUCUGAUGAGUUCCAGGCUACACGUGCUCAGUGCUCUGAUCUAUGGACUGAGCAUAACAAAAAAAUGUCUCACUUCAUUCCAUAUCUUGCACGUAAAACUAAUAUCGUGGCCAACGAUACUCAGACCGAGUCAGACUCGGAUGGCGAGUUAAAUAUAGAACUUCAUGGCAGACGUGCAGACAAGAAGGGCAAGGGUAAAGGCAAGGGCAAAGGCAGGAGCAAGGGCAAGGCAAAGGGCAAAGGGAAAGGAUCUGCGAGCAACAAAUGGUCUGUCCAGCAACUUGCCGGUUCAGAUGUGGAUAUGUUUGCAGAGUUGCUGGAACGUCAAAAGCGUAACACAUUGAUCAAGGGCCUUAUGCAACCAGUUUGA